UCAUUACCUUGUCACAACAUGGCGCUGCCCAUGAGUUGUGCAGUGCGAGCUGUGUAGUCGUGUUUUGAAUGCGCGUUUUCAGUUUCGCAGUAAGGAUCAUUCACUUCUAGCCAUGUUACAAAGCUUGCUUUCCCAACGAGGCACUUCUGGACUGGUGCUAAUAAACGACACAUUGGAGCAGCGAGCGCACUUGAUCAUGGAUUCUUUCACAAACACAUGGGCGAACAGGGGUCACAACGUGCACAUCUUGAGCUAUGACAGGGAAGAAGGCAUAGUCAGAAAGUGCUUUCCACCUAGCACAAUUGACAGGAUUGCCAUUCAUGACACCUUCUGCACACCAGAGAAAUGCAGUCCUUCAACGUGGAUGGAACGUUUCGGCAAGGAGACGGAACCGUUUACAAUGGUCAUCGACUCUCUUUCGACAGCCCUUGUUUAUCACUCGUUUGACGACAUCUACAUGGGCCUCUUGUGCCUGCUGCGAAAUAUUAAAUCUUUGCAGAUGAUUGUGGCUCUACUCCAUACUGAUGUGCACGAGGAACACGAGGUCGAUAAGUUGUGCCACCUCGCCACCACCACUCUGACGCCAUACGUGUGUGACGGUGCCAGCGUACUGGGAUGCAAGACUGUUCACAGGAAACCUGGAGGACGUGUCGUGAGGGAGGAUGAAGAGUUUGUUCUCAAGCCAGAUCUUUCCAUUACUGACAUCAAGAAGGUUGCUCAAAAACAAGAUGCUAAGCCCGUGACGCAGCAGCCUGACCCAACGGCCAACCUUACCUUCAACCUUCGGCUUAGCGAAGAGGAGAAAGUGGCCAAGGAUAACCUCGUACUACCAUAUGUCAAGACGGCAUCUUCUAGCAAAAGCAAAGGGGAGAUCACCUAUGUCAUGGAAAGGGAGGACGACUUUGACGAAGAAGAUGAUCCUGAUGAUGACUUGAACUUCUGAUUGCCGCACUUUGUUUUGCUCUUUUUAUGUAAAUAGACGACACUGUUUUU